AUGGGCGUGGGUUCCAGAUAUAUACUGGUCAACGGCAUUCCCAGAGACCAAUGUUUCCAGAGAAAGACCAGCGACGUGCAGCAACAAGAGAUCCAUCUUAAGAUGUCCACUGACAAGUAUGCCUUUGUCGAAGCGGUAAUUGCGCUUUUAGAGAUGGAGGCAUAUGCCGACGCUGUUGUUGGGGUAUCUGGAGAAGUCUGGAAGCCCUCCGAAAACGGCCAGGCCAGUCUCCUCAUAAUUUACCAACCUUCUGCCCUCUUAUUCCCACAAUUCGACCGUCUUCUCUUCUUAACACAUGGCGGAAACACAGUCUACUUUGGCGACAUUGGCGAGAACUCCAGAGUAAUUAGGAGUCCCUUUAAGCAGUAUGGAGCAUCUCCCUGCGGACAGGGCGAAACUCCCGCCGACUGGCUUCUCAAGGUCAUCGGCGCCGCGCCGGGCUCCAAGGCCGAGAGGAACUGGCCCGAGACCUCAACUGGAAUGAGAGCCACGAGUGUGCUGAGACGCGCUGGGAGCUCGAGUGUCUGGAGCGGGGGGGUGGCGAUCAGCGGCUCUGCAACGAGUCCCGAUGAGAUGUCUUCUUACUCCGCGCCAUUCCACGUUCAGCUGGCGCUGUGCACUGAGCGAGUAUUUCAGCCGUACUGA